UAAUAGAGUAACAAGUAGUAUUUUACUGAGAUAAAAUUGAUGAAAUCAAGAAUAUAAUGAAAUAAAAGCAGCAACUUUUUUUAAAUGUUAGAAUUAGGAUAUAGACAAAGAUGUUUAAAGUGUUGCUAGUUUGCAUACAGAUCCGCUCCCUAACUUUAAGAUGUCCUCUUAUCGUCUUAGAUUUUUAAAAAACUAUUUAUGCUUUAAACAAAAGGAAAAGCAUCAGAGAAGAAACAACCUUGAGAAAGGUGCCAGUGCAGAAAAAGCUUCACGGUGUUCCUAUCGUUCUACGAUGCCGAAAUCAUCCCCAAACUGUGUUUUUAUUCAUUAUUUUCUCAGUGGCUGUACUCAGAAACAUCUGUAUCGCAGCGCGUUGGGUCGUCUGAGGUCACGAUUGUUGAACAUGCUCGAUUACAAAAUACAACGGAGGGAAUUUCCUGUUUAUCAAGAGCGAUCUCGUAGACUGAUGAAUUUCUGUGAGGACGACGGCCCUCAGUCGCCGUAAAAAGACUCCGAGUGGACACUAGUGUGGCGUAAAUAACCGCUUGUUGCUAUCUGAGCGACGGCAGCAGGCACGCUUUGCAUUUUACAAUCGGGGAUGACCGAUCCUUCAGUGAAGCUGAAACCAGACGGGAGGAAACAGAGCGGCACCUCUCCUUUUAUAGGCUCCGCUGCAAGCUUUCAGAAUAAGAAUGCCGUUCGGGGGAGGAAACAAGUGCGGCUGCUGCCAGAAAAGCGUCUACUUCGCCGAGGAAAUGCAAUGCGAGGGGAAGAGCUGGCACAAAUCCUGCUUUCUGUGCAUGGCCUGUAAGAAGAACUUAGACAGCACAACAGUGGCCGUCCAUGUGGAUGAGAUCUACUGCAAAUCGUGCUAUGGCAAGAAAUACGGGCCAAAAGGCUACGGCUUCGGAGGCGGAGCCGGAACUCUGAGUAUGGACACAGGAGAAGGACUUGGCAUCACGCCUGAAGUGCAAGCUCCUCAUCGUCCUACAAACAACCCCAACGCCUCGAAGUUCGCCCAGAAAGCAGGGGGCUCGGACGUGUGUCCUCGAUGCGGGAAAACAGUGUACGCAGCCGAGAAGGUCGUCGCCGGAGGCAACUCCUGGCAUAAAGGCUGCUUUCGGUGCGCCAAGUGUGGCAAAGGACUCGAGUCCACGACCGUCACUGACCGAGACGGGGAGAUCUUCUGUAAAGGCUGCUACGCAAAGAACUUCGGCCCCAAAGGCUUUGGCUUCGGUCAGGGUGCAGGAGCUCUGGCUCACUCCCAGUGAAGCCCAGAAGCCUCGGCCCACGUGAGACGGACACCGCUCGGAUAUCCUCGCAGCUCGCGGCUUUUUGUACGAGUUCACGGAGUAGCUUUUGCUUUUCAGAUCGCAUUUUGAUCCUGGAUUUGUGACGUCCCGGUUUUUUUGGACUGCUUAAAAAAAAGAAGAAAUCAUGCUAAAUAUUCCAAAAAACGCACUAAAUUCUAACUGUGUUUGGAUGUACACAUUGUGUGUGUUUGAAACAAAAGCUAACUAAAACGGGCACUCGGUAGAGCGCAUACCUUCGCAUAUCACAAGAUUGGGCAUUGAAUUAUGAACAUGUUGGCAUUAGUUGCAUGCCAAUUGGAUAAAAAUAAGUAUUUUACCUUUUUAUGACCUUGACCUUUGACUCAAUUGAUCACAAAAUCUAAUCAAAUGGUCCCCGGAUAAUAACCAAUCAUCCCACCAAAUUUCAUGUAACUCAAAGAAGAUUUUGACCUUUUCAUGACCUUGACCAUGACCUUUGACCCGAUCGAUCCCAAAAUCUAAUCAAAUGGUCCCCGGAUAAUAACCAAUCAUCUCACCAAAUGUCAUGCGAUUCGGUUUAAUACUUUUUGAGUUAUGCGAAUAACACGCACGCACGCAUACAAAUAAAUACACGGCGAUCAAAACAUAACCUUCCGCAUUUUCAAUGCGAAGGUAAUUAAACUGGCUGCAAUACAAAGACAAACUUCCACUGUAAUAACAGAAUCAAGUCGGGCCAAUGUUGAGUUUGAUUCACAUCCGAAUCCGUCGCUGUCUGAACGGGAACAAAUAAGGAUCGACGCGUUUUAAGACCGACGCCAGGCUCACAUCACGCUUCGGUUACACUCGAGAUAUAGCUUUCCUGUUUCCGCCUCACGUGUCACAUGGUGUACACAAUGUCUUCUGAGGCGCUUUAUCGCCAAGACGCAAAAUAAAUAUCGGACAACGGAAAAACAAACAAACAA